AUGGCUUCGUUUCUACUUGAGCAGCUCUCGACGAAGGUAGCAGUGGACGACGCUAUCCGUGGCACCAAGGACCGUGUGCUGGUGUUGCGCUUCGGCCGAGCCUCGGAUACUGUAUGCCUGCAGCAGGAUGACAUCCUGGCCAGAUGCGAGCGCGAGCUGUCCAAGAUGGCAAGGAUAUGUCUGGUGGAGGCAGAGCAGGUCCCUAUAUACUGCCAGUACUUUGACAUCACCCUUAUACCCGCCACCAUUUUCUUUGUUAACGGACAGCACAUGAAAGUGGACUAUGGUACACCUGACCACACCAAAUUCAUCGGAGCGUUCCGGACAAAACAAGACUUUAUCGAUCUCGUGGAGGUUAUUUAUCGCGGUGCAAAACAUGGCAAGUCUAUUGUGAACUGUCCAAUCGAGAAGUCGCACAUUCCGCACUACGACCUCCUUUACAAGGACUUCUAG